AUGACCUUGGAGACCUUGCAACAGAGUCAGGGACCUUUGGCUCUGCCGGUCCCUGAAGUUGCUUCGCCCGGUUCAUCGUAUACGUUGGUGAAGGACCCGGAGAUCCCAAGGCUACUUGGGAAGAUCGAGGAGCAUGUGAGGACCGGGUUUCAGGAUACCCGAGUCUUGGAAGCACAGCCUGACUUCAUCAAGGAAGUUGUGAAAGUGCCAUUUCAGCUCAUCCUCACCCACAGCUGUGUGGUUCUGGGUGCGGCAGGUGCUGGCAAAACCACAUUGGUGAAAGCCUUGGGUGGUGGCACAUUUGAGCCCCAUGUUCCAGCCGGGCCCCAUUUGAAGAACAGAACGCAGCAUGCACAAUGGUUCGAUCUUGAACUCGAAGGUCUUAUAGAAGAUCUCCAAUUUGGCCUGAUUGACACUCCAGGAUGGAGCCCCGAGACGAGCACGGACAUCAAGUCGCAGUACAAGCUGAUCUUGAAAGAGAAGCAGCUGGUCUCAGAACAGACGCCUCAUAUCAUCAUGUUCUGUGUGCCAGUGUCCUCCAUCCGUCAAUUUGAGAAGGAUGAAGCAAGGAAAAUGAGCAAGCAACUGCAAGAUUUGAAAUUUGACCGACGCUUUCCCAUCAAGGUCCUUCCAGUUGCCACCAAGGCAGACACAGAGGACCCGCAUGAUUUGCCGGAUCUUUUGUCGACCAUCGGGGAACUCACGCGCACAGCCUUCCAAGACACUGGAGCAGAAGUGCAAGAGCCGCUAUCUACACAGCUUCCGCCCAGAGGCCAACUUGGAGUGGACCUAUUGAAAGAGCGGCUUGAGCGAGUGUUGCAUAGUCAGUUGCACUCCAGUGAGUUCUGUGACCUGUGGCAAAAGGCCUUUGCCAAGAGCGUGGCGGCAAAGACCAAGGAGCACUGUGAGAGGUUCCCGGAGAAUGACUCAGCUUUGCGCUUGUUCAAGAGGGCAUGCCACACGGUGGCAUCCGCUUGUGGGAAGCAAGUUGAAGGGUUGGAUGACGUCACCAUGAAGGAGGAGUUGUGCUGGUCAGAGAUCGAGCGCAUUCCGACCACGGAGGGGCAGCCAUGGCGGCCGCCCAGCAAAUCUCUCAUCGUCCGGUGCUGGUACUGGAUCGGCCCUCGAGCCCGAUUGGGUUGCAAAGCUAUGCUUGUUGUCCUUGCUAUCCUGGCAAUGUUUAGGCUGCACAAGCGGCUGCAGGCUCAACAAGAGAAGUGGAAUGAGAAGAUCGUAAAAGUAUUGAGACGCCUCUCGGAGGAGGAAUCUGCACACAAGAUUACACAAGAGGGGCUAGACGCAAUGACUCAGAAGCACCAGGCUGAGCAGUCUGCUGAGCAGUCUGCACACAAGAUUACACGGGAGGGGCUAGGCGGAGAUCACAUCGGUGGGAGGUCCGCCGGCUGGACUUUGUUGGAUGUGGUGGUGGACAGCCAGGGCCUAAAGCUGGAGUCAGCCUUGUCGACGGAGUCAGCCUUGUUGAAGAUGUUGAAGACGAGGCAUCCAGAAGCUCCAGAUCCCAGACUACUUGAAGCAAAGGUCCCAGCUCUCCUUGCUCAACUUGAAAGCUACUUGCAAGAAGGCUUCAAAGAUACACGUGUUUCAUCAGCCGAACCAGAUUUCAUUCAAGAUGUUUUGAAGCCGGUGGAGCAAAUCGCCCUCACACACUGCUGCGUGGUUUUGGGGCCAGCUGGUGCAGGCAAGACCACUUUGGUGAAUCAUUUGUGCGGCUCCCAGUUUCACACGGGUCCGCAAGCUGAGGAUAAGACCAUUCAUGCACAAAGCUGUGUUCUGAAGCUCGAGAAUCUUCCGGACCAGAUGAAGGUGGUGCUGAUUGACACUCCAGGGUGGAGUCAUGAAACCAGCACAGAUAUCAAGAUGGAGUACAAAAAGAUCUUGAAAGAGAAGCAGCUGGUCUCAGAACACACCCCUCACAUCAUCCUUUUUUGCGUCUCGGUGUCGAACAUCCGCCAAUUCCAGGAGAAGGAGGCCAAGAAGAUGAGUGAACAGCUGGAAGAGCUCAAGUUUGAUCAACGCUUCCCCAUCAAAGUUCUGCCAGUUGCCACUUUCUCAGACACACAGGAUCCAAAAGAUUUGGAGAAGCUCAUGUCAACCAUCAAAGCACUUGCCAAGAAGGCCUUCCAAAAUACCGGAGCAGAGGUGGAAGAGCCCGAGUGGACCAUGUUCAAUGCACAUGAGGAAGCACGAGGGGUGAACGAAUUGAAGGCUCGCAUCAGCAAAAUGCUCCUUCAACAGGUCCAAUCUUCGCAGUUUUCUGACCUCUGGCAGAAGGCCUUUGCCAAGAGUGUGGCUGAAAGAACCAAGGAACAUUGCGACAGCUUCCCGGAGAAUGAGUCUCCGCUUCGCUUGUUCCAAAACGCCUUUCGCACAGUGGCCGCGUCUUGUGGGAGCGAAGUUUCUGAUGAUGAGACCAGCAGCAUUGGAGGCUUUUGUUGGGUUUUCCUUGGCAUGCUUGCAUGGUCUUGGGGUUGGCAGGCCUUGGCCACGAUCUCCUUUGCCACGAUCUCCGUUCUUUUGAGGGUAGACCACAUGACUCACAAGUACCACAAUUUGGCUGAGAAGUACAGCGAGGUACACGAGAAGUUCAACCAGACCUCCCAAAGUGCCACGCGGCUUGCCCAUGAGAAGGAUGACAUGGCUCACAAGUACCAUGAGCUGACUGAGAAAUACAGCGAGGUGCAGGAGAAGUUCAACCAGACCUCCCAAAGUGCCACGCAGCUUGCCCAUGAGAAGGAUGACGUGGCUCACAAGUACCACAAGCUGACGGAGAAGUACCGCAAAAUGCGGGGACAGUUGAACCGGACGUCCAAGCUUCUUGAGCAUCAGAAGGCCAUAUCCGAGCGAGAGCGCAACAAGGCAGCCAACAUGACAUUGAAGUACCAUGAGGUGGAAGAGCAGUUCGACCAAGCUGGUGAGGCUUGCAAGUGGUCUGAUCAGCGAGCUUAUUGCGAGCUCUCGACGAUGCUGGACGAUGUGCAAACCGCAGAUGAGUGCAGGGUCGUCAGCCAUGGUGAUGGCUACACAUCAUCUUUGGUGAGGAGAAGGCAGCUCCCAGUGCUCAAUGCUGAUCCAUGGCUUAUUGGAUGUUUGAAGAAGAUGCAUUCAGAGCUCCCCUCAACCAGGCUGGAGUCAGCCUUGUCGACGGAGUCAGCCUUGUUGAAGAUGUUGAAGACGAGGCAUCCAGAAGCUCCAGAUCCCAGACUACUUGAAGCAAAGGUCCCAGCUCUCCUUGCUCAACUUGAAAGCUACUUGCAAGAAGGCUUCAAAGAUACACGUGUUUCAUCAGCCGAACCAGAUUUCAUUCAAGAUGUUUUGAAGCCGGUGGAGCAAAUCGCCCUCACACACUGCUGCGUGGUUUUGGGGCCAGCUGGUGCAGGCAAGACCACUUUGGUGAAUCACUUGUGCGGCUCCCACUUUCACACGGGCCCACGAGCGGAGGAUAAGACCAUUCAGGCACAAAGCUGUGUUCUGAAGCUCAAGAAUCUUCCGGACCAGAUGAAGGUGCUGAAGGUGGUGCUGAUUGACACUCCAGGGUGGAGUCAUGAAACCAGCACAGAUAUCAAGAUGGAGUACAAGAAGGUCUUGAAGGAGUAUGAACUCGUGUCCGAGCACACCCCUCACAUCAUCCUUUUUUGUGUCUCGGUGUCGAACAUCCGCCAAUUCCAGGAGAAGGAGGCCAAGAAGAUGAGUGAACAGCUGGAAGAGCUCAAGUUUGAUCAACGCUUCCCAGUCAAAGUUCUGCCAGUUGCCACUUUCUCAGACACACAGGAUCCAAAAGAUUUGGAGAAGCUCAUGUCAACCAUCAAAGCACUUGCCAAGAAGGCCUUCCAAAAUACCGGAGCAGAGGUGGAAGAGCCCGAGUGGACCAUGUUCAAUGCACAUGAGGAAGCACGGGGGGUGUAUGAAUUGAAGGCUCGCAUCAGCGACAUGCUCUUUCAACAGGUCCAAUCUUCGCAGUUUUCUGACCUGUGGAAGAAGACCUUUGCUAAGAGUGUGGCUGAAAGAGCAGAGGAACAUUGCAACAGUGUUCCGGAGAACGAGUCUCCUCUUCGCUUGUUCCACAGCGCCUUUCGCACAGUGGCUGCAGCUUGUGAUAUGAUGAUUUUGGAUGUAGGCGACUUCAAAAGGAAGACAACCACGAUGCAAGACUUGCCCUGGGACAUCAUCCAGAGCAUCCCCCACACAGGUGAACAGAUGUGGCCAGUCGAGCUUUGCGUGGGUGUGCUUGGGAUUUUCUUGGUCCUUAUCGCAUGGUUUUGUGGUUUUAAUGCCAUUGCACUUCUCGCCCUUCCCCCAUCGCUUUGCAUGAUUUGCUGGAGCAAGUAUGCAUGGUACAAGUGCACGCACUGGUGGCGGUUGCUGAGGCUUUGGAAGGUUCCUGUGGAAUGGAAGAGCUCAUCACUGCCACAUUGCAUGCGCCGAUGCAAGCAUAGUCGAAUCCGGUACAAAUGGGCCACUGGCAUCCUCGGCUUCAUGUUCGUCGUGCUCUUUUGGGAAGGUGCAGGUCGAAUCGUCCGACGGCCGAUUCAUCAACUUCCGCCGACUUGGACCAGCCGUGGGACAUGCGCCUCGCACAAGACGAGGCAGUAUGGUCUCUUCCGAGCAGCCUCUGCUUGGAAUGUGACCACCACUCUGCUGCUAGGCAUCUUCGUGGAUGAAUCCGCGAUGGUCAAUGGCGGUGAUGAAAGUUCGUACGACUUGCUGGAACCAGUGGCUAAAGCGGAUUUCUUUGUGAGCCAUUCGUGGUCAUGCCCUUCUUGGAUGAAAGUCCUGGCCUUUUGCCACUAUUUUAACUUGGAUUUGGCCAUACUGUCAUCCUUCCUUGCUUGCCUUCUAGCAGUGCUUCUCUUGCUUCUGCACGCUGGCAGCUUCAGUGGUAUUGCCCAGCAGUCCCAACAGGUCUUGUUCGGCUGCCUCAUCGGCUGGCCCACCAUCGCCUUCAUAGUGCCCUAUCUCUUCGGACACCUCACGGUGAUGAAAUCCUUCUGGUUUGAUCAAGUCUGCGUGGAUCAAGCACAAAAGGAGGUGAAAGCUCAAAUUCUUCAAACCAUUCCAGCCUUCAUCGCCAAGUCCAACGAAAUGCUCGUUUUGUGGGACAAGACAUACUUUGAGCGACUUUGGUGCAACUAUGAGAUAGCUGUGCGAGCUCGAACCUCGGCUUCAACGUCAGCGAUCCAAAUUGUGCCCAUGUGGAUGCCUUUGUGGACAUUAGUUUGGUUUAUUACGUCUUCUAUAGCAAGCUUAUUUGAGACUGGAGUUCAGUCUCCCAAAUUUGAUAGGGAGUCGCGGUUUUCCCUUUUUUUAUCAAUUUUCAAUUCCUGCCCGGUACCUCUAUAUGUCUACUUUGUCACGGCACUGCCUUUCGGCUACUUUUGCAUCCAGAAGAUUGGAAGCCACAAGAAGAUGCUGGAUCAGAUGCGGAACUUUGACCUGAGAGAUGCCAAAUGUGCCGUGGAGAGUGACCGACAAGUCAUCGAGGUUGAAACCAAACACACGCGAGUAUCCGCAGUAUGGACAGCAGUACAGGUGUUACAGCUCUUUGACGAGGCGUUGCAGCAGCCCCGGUCUUUCUGCUGCACCACUCUCGAGUCAUCUCCCACUACGCUGUUGCUGGAGGAUUCGGACGAUGAUCCUGAUGAAACUGCUUCGAAGGCAAUCCAAGCCAUUCGGCAUGUGACGAGCUACCCUUCGCAAGAGGAAAUCAUCGAUCAGUUCAAUGACUAUGUCAGAGGCCCACUAUGUGACAGCGUGAUGAAAGUCAUGGGUCAAGAGGACUUCAUUUCUCUCAAGUUGUGCUUGGUGGUCGUCUUUCCUGUUUGGCUCAUGGGCCUUGCAUUCGUCCUUGGUUGUGAUGGACGCUCCGAUUGCGAAACAUCCGCCCAAUACGCGGGCUUCACCUCGGUAGAGCAGUACAUGCUGACGAAUGCAGCCGUGAACCUGUUCCUUCAGCCGUUCAUCAGCACGCUGGGCUUGGCGGCGAUGCUCAAGAUGAACCACCUCGGCAGCACCCUCAAGGGCUCCACGGGCUUCCAGAUGCUCGUGGGAUCGAUUUUAAGCGGCUCAGUGCUAAAGGCUGGAGAUCUUUUGGUCUUUGCUCAACAUGGCAUACUGGCCGUGGUGGUCACCCAAUUUUCACUUCUAUGGCUCGCAGGCCUCCUUGCAUGUCUAAUUCUGGAUGUUGGCUUGCUGUGGCUUUUAUUCUUUCGGAACCCCUUGCGGCCAACCAGUUUGCGCUCACUUGCUGCUGGCUAA